AUGUCGACAAUAAGCGACUUGAUUGAGGAGGUCAAGGUGGUCACGGAUAUUGUCGAAUCUAUGAGAUUGGUUACGUAUUUCGAUGUCGCGGGAGCUACGAUGUUCUUGUACGACUAUCUUCUAACCCUGGGGAUGGAGGUGGAGUUGGUCUGGUCGUCAAAGGGGACCUUUAUGAAGGUGCUAUAUUUCGCUCAGCGAUAUCUGCCCUUCGUCGACGCAGUGGCGCUUUGCCUUUUGAAUCAACUAUCAACAGCGAUUGACCCUAGAGCAUGCAAGAUGGUCGAGAAGGCUCGAGGAUUCGUGCUCACCUUACGCGUUUGGGCGGUAUGGGAGCGUAGCAGUCGCGUGGGCCUCGCUCUAUCAAUACUCUUCUUCCUUGCGGUUAGUUCCAAUUUCGUGGUCUCCGGUUUCUUUUUAGGCAGCCUAAAAUGUUGCUUCAUCACAAGCGCAAGUAGGGUGGUAUAUAUGAACUGGGUGCUUCUGAUGGUAUACGAAGCAGAUCGAAUAGCAGGCGAUACAGCGCUGCAUACUGUUGUCUACCGCGAUGGCGUCCUCAUCUAUAUUUAUCUCUUCGGUAAGAGAAUGCUAUACGUCUCUGCUCUUCUUUAUCGUUCCUCUACAGCUCUAUCAACCAUCAACGUCAUCCAUAUUUACUUGGAUAUACUUUGGUCGGUGUUGCUCGACAUCAGAGCCUAUGGGAGCAAGGCGCACAUCAUCUGGGCGGAUGGUAUAAUUGAACUCCAUUUGAAUUCUCAAGUGGCUACAGCGGAGCCAAAACUCGCCACAAGGUGGCGCUGGGCUCGAAUCUGGAAAAGUGAGGCAUGAACAGGAAAAAAGCGCCGAUGAGAGGUCUGAUGUAAAGGCGUAGUGGUAGUAUACUUAUAAAUUAUCUAUCUUAGGAGUGUCAAGACUCACUUGCGAUAAUUUUUUGGGUGAGUGUACC